AUGCAGAUAAUGUCGUGUUCAUACAUAUGUCGAAGGCUAAAUUCCUUAUACCCGAGCCCUGAUUAUGUCUCGGGCAAAAAACGUCAUAAGGAAAGUAGUGACUCCUCGGUUAAACGGAGGGAUUUCUUAUCGGCGAAAAGGCUCGGAAAAACUCCGAGUCCGUCAUCAUCGGCAGUUAAACUCCACAUAAUUACAAAUCUUCUAGUAUAA